UUUGAAAAUGGACUUUAAGAAAACUCAUCUAAGGAGCUCCCAAAGCUCUAUCAUGAAAGAUAAAUUUACCACUCCUGGGAAUAUACUCUAUGUACCUCCGAAGACAGCCAAUUCGAAUAGGUCAACAAAUUAUUUAAGGUCAAGGCAUUCGAAGACGAAUGCAGAUGUUCCGGAAGUUCCAAGUAUGAAAAAUGAAUUUGAUCCAAAAAGGCAAGCCACUAAGGCUUUAUCGUAUAGAACGAGGACUAGUAAUAUUAAGACCAGGUAUAAAAAACUCUCAGUCAUUAUGAAGUUCAAGCAGAAUCUUGAAAAUGAUUAUAAAUAAACUGUUUGAGAAUUCCUUGUCAAAUAGCCGUUUGGCACAGAUUUCAAGAGCCAAAGGACGAUCAGCUAGUACCAAAAAGAGACCUAUCCAGUUCAGAGCAAUUGAAACAUUUAAUCCUAACUCUGUCAAGUUCAGUUCGACUAUGACAAAGGCCAACAGGAUUGGAAUAAACAGAGAAACUAGUUACAAAUAAAAUCAGAAAAAAUAAAAAGUUAAUGGAUAGCAUUCUCAAGAGUGGCAAAAGUAGCAUUGGUAAGAAGUCAUUCCUUGGAAAUAUCUCUAUCCCAAAAAUGCUGCAGGUAAAUGGUCAUGCGAAGUUAAGCUGUGCUGGUACUUUUCUAGCAUCUGCUAGAAGAAAUAUUGCUAAAAUUAAAUAAAAAGAACCAGGUUUUUAAGUAUUCUUUGAUAACCAGCAACUGGGAUAAGACUCAUAUGAUCCUGAGGAAAACGAGGAAGAAGACACCUGAUAGCUCAAAAUUCAAAAGCUAUAGUGUCAAGGCAAAUAAGAUUUUGCUAUAAGUCUCUCUGAACCCAAUAAAGAGAGUUUAGUUAAGUUUUAAGUCAUUUUAUGU